AUGACGUUGGUCCCACGCCACGCACCACGCUUGGCGGCAAUCUGCGCCGUCGAUCGCCCGACGGACCCGUGUGUCCGUGUGGGUCCGAUGAGGGGGCAGCCGUCCUUGCUGCCAAGCGUGCGGAAGCAAUGGCCCGGGAAGCCGCUGCUGUAUGGAAUCGGCACCCUGUUGGUCAUGCCACUCAGGACACUGUAUGGAGUGGGUCGGGUUUUUGGCGCAGGGCGGUUCCUCUGCAACAUGACCAGCGUCUCUUCGUCGCUGCAAAUUGAGCUUGUACCAUGCCUUCGAGAUAACUAUGCAUAUAUCCUGCAUGAUGUUGAUACUGGAACAGUUGGAGUUGUGGAUCCUUCUGAGGCUAUGCCUAUUAUAAAUGCAUUGGAAAAGAGAAACCAGAACUUGACUUAUAUACUGAACACCCAUCAUCACUCUGAUCAUACUGGUGGAAACUUGGAAUUGAAGGCAAAAUAUGGUGCAAAGGUAAUUGGUUCUGAGAAGGAUAAGGACAGAAUACCUGGUAUUGACAUCACUCUUAAGGAGGGUGACACAUGGAUGUUUGCUGGCCAUCAAGUUCUUGUACUGGAGACUCCUGGGCAUACAUCAGGUCAUGUGUGCUAUUAUUUUGCUGGUUCUGGAGCUAUAUUUACAGGUGACACCUUGUUCAAUCUAUCAUGCGGAAAGCUUUUUGAAGGGACUCCACAGCAGAUGUAUUCCUCACUCCAGAAAAUUACAGCUCUACCAGAUGAUACAAAAGUAUACUGUGGGCAUGAAUAUACCUUGAGUAAUUCAAAGUUUGCCUUGAGUGUAGAACCAGGAAAUAAAGCAUUGCAGGAAUAUGCUGCAAAUGCAGCUGAGUUGCGUAAUAAGAAUAUACCCACGGUGCCAACAACAAUUGGAAGGGAGAAGGAAUGCAAUCCUUUUUUGCGGACCUCCAACCCAGAAAUUAAGAGAACACUGUCCAUUCCAGAUCAUUUCGAUGAAGAUCGGGUGCUUGAAGUUGUCCGUCGAGCAAAAGAUAACUUCUGA